AUGUUUUGGUUACCAUUUCUCGUCGUCACCAUUUCCACAGCCAUAACGGUUGCCCAUUGGGCAUACAAAUGGUCCAACCCAAAACCCACAACCGGGCCAUCGACCAGCUCCCAGCUCCCGCCCGGGUCGAUGGGCUGGCCGCUCAUCGGCGAGACGUUCCAGUUCUUCGCCCGCAGCGACUCACUGGAGGUCCCUCCUUUCCUGCGGGAGAGAACUGCGAAGUACGGGAAGAUAUUCAAGACGAGCCUGGCCGGCCGGCGGGUGGUGGUGUCGUCGGACCCGGAUUUCAACCACUACAUACUCCAGCAGGAAGGCAAGCUGGUGGAGCUCUGGUACCUGGACUCGUUCGCGGAGAUCAUCGGGCAGAGUACGACGUCGCUUAAGGAGGCCUGGAACGCGCAGGAGCUGCACAAGAGCUUGAAGAAGUCGGUUUACGAUCACAUUGGGGUGGAGAGGCUGAAGGGGAAGCUUGUGGGUCGGAUGGAGGAGAUGGUGGGUCGGACCCUGGAUGGGUGGGCGGGUCGGGCGGAGGCGGAGGAUCCUGGUGGCGUUGAAGUCAAACGCGCUUGCUCUAAGAUGGUGAUGGAGUUGAGCUCAAAUAUAUUGUUCGGCCACGACCCAACCAAGUUCCACCAACAUUUGAGCGACAUGUUCGAGAGCUUCACCCGUGGAUUGCUCUCGUUCCCUCUCAAAAUACCCGGCACCACUUUCCACGCCUGCCUCCAAAGCCAGAAGAAAAUCCUGAGGAUAAUAACGGACGUGAUAGAGGAGAGACGACGACGUUUGGAGGAAACCGCGCCCUUGGAAACGCCGGCGGUCGGAAGAAGAGACGGCGGCGAAAUCGACCUGCUCGACCAGCUCAUUGACGACGCGAGAACGAAGGGAUUCCCCGACGACAAAGGCAUCAGCUACCUCAUCUUCGGCCUUCUUUUCGCCAACGCAGAGACAAUUCCCAGUGUCCUCACCCUUGCCCUCAGCUUCCUCGACGACCACCCUCUUCUCCUCCACCAACUUGUGAAAGAGAACGAAGAGAUUCUCCGCAGCAGAGGAAGCACGGGAGGAAACGGGUUGACGUGGAAGGAAUACAAAUCCAUGAAUUUCACCAUGAAUGUUAUCAACGAAGCACUACGACUAAAUGGUUCAGUUGGGAUAAUUCGACGGACGAUUGAAGACGUCCACAUAAAUGGAUAUGUGAUUCCAAAAGGAUGGACAAUAGCAGUAAUGCCAACUGCUGUUCACAUGAAUCCAGAUGUAUACCAAGACCCUCUUUCUUUCAAUCCUUCCAGGUGGAAGGACAUAGGAGGCAGCACUAGCACCAAGAACUUCAUACCAUUUGGAGGGGGAAUGAGGACGUGCGUCGGAGCUGAGUAUAGUAAAGCCCUCAUGGCAGUCUUUCUACAUGUUCUUGUAACUAAAUACAGGUGGAAAAAGGUGAAAAGAGGACGCAUUUACAGAGCUCCAACAUUGCAGUUUGGAGAUGGUUAUUUCAUCCACAUCUCCAGGAAGAAUGAUUAGUUAUUAUAUGCAUGUUCGAACAUGGUUAUAGCUAGUCGGGACAUGAUAAUAAUGUAACGCUCAUAGGCCCGA